AGGGAUCAACAAACAACUUUAAAGCUCGCUGUCCAAGGUGCUGAUCCUGGGCCUGUGGAUGUGGAGGCACGCAGGUUUCGGGUCCAUGGCAGCCCAAACAGCCUUGGUGUGUGCUCCCCUGUAUUUUAACAGAAAUCACUUUUGUUGUCAGAGCCUUUGAAUUACUUUCUAUUGUUGAAUGCCAGAGUUCACGGCUGGACCGGAACAAUUUCCCCUUGUCUCCCCCCAGAUAAGCGAUCCAGAUGCGUCCUCCUCUUAUCACUUUUGUGAUAAUCUAUUACACAGCACUUGUUCGGCCCCGCCCAGGGGAUCGCACGUUUCUGGGAGGGGAGCAGAACUGCUUUAAAAGUUGGACCUGGAGCCGAGGUGAACCUACUCGCACGCACAACAAAACCUAGAGCCGGCAAAAUGGUUGAAUGGACAGACUUCGAGCGCGCCACCAUCCAGGACAUUUUCUCCAAGAUGGACUAUGAGGACGUGGGACCUGCAGCUCUUUCCAGGUGUCUGAUCGUGUACCCCUGGACUCAGAGGUAUUUUGGCAACUUUGGAAACCUCUACAACGCCGCUGCUAUCAAAUCAAACCCAAAGAUUGCAGCUCACGGAAAAGUUGUCCUCCACGGUCUGGACCGGGCUGUGAAGAACAUGGACAACAUUAAGGAGACCUAUUCCGAGCUGAGUGUGCUGCACUCAGAGAAACUGCACGUCGACCCUGACAACUUCAAGCUGCUGUCUGACUGCCUCACCAUUGUGGUUGCUGCAAAGAUGGGCAAAGACUUCACUGGUGAGGUGCAGGCAGCCUUCCAGAAGUUCCUGUCCGUGGUGGUGUCCUCCCUGGGACGGCAGUACCACUAGAGAGCUGCAGCCAGAAGACCGUCACACGCUGACUCGUUUCCCGAGAGCCUAUUUGUUUUUGUCUGGAAAACAAAUAAAAAAUAAAACAAA